GCCUAAGCUUGGCCUUGCGUAUUGCACCUCGCCUCGACCUGUUUGAAGCGCAAGGCUGCGCCUCAUUGUGCCUCGGGCUCAGGCGUGCCUUUUAAAACACUGUUCAAGAUUCCUGUGUUUUUCUUAUUUGAGGAAAUUCAUCAAAACCUAGAUCUAUGUUGCAGCCAUGGCUACCUCCCCGAGUCAGAAGUGCUCCAAUUCUGACUACAGAAGAUGUGACAGAAGAAAGGACAUUGGGUGUUGCUUCCAAUAGUCGCAACAAGCGUAGGCGAGUUUCUACAAACCAAGCAAUCAUAAAUUGUGAUCUAUGCAUAAAUUUGGAGGGGGGUAACAAUAUGAGAAAGAAUGCUAAGAGCGUGGAACCAUCCCCGCCACCGCCGCCACUACCACCAAAGGAGCCCACCUUCAGCUGUCCAGUAUGCAUAGGCCCAUUAGUUGAGGAGAUGUCAACUAAGUGUGGUCAUAUUUUCUGUAAGUCAUGCAUUAAGACUGCAAUAGCUGCUCAGGGUAAAUGCCCCACCUGUCGGAGAAAAAUCACCUUCAAAGAUACCAUUAGGAUCUACCUUCCUGCAACCAAUUGAAUGAACUA